GUUCUCAUACGGUGUCAUCGUGUUCUACAUACAUAGCUUGACUUACCAAAUAUUAGCUUUUAAAUCGCCUCAAUAAUAAGGCUGUUCCGCUCACCAACGCCAAUGUUACUUCACAAAUGUUUUUCCGGUCUUAUUGCGUCAGUUCUUGUAAGCUAAGCUAAAUCAGCUAUUAUGGAACUGGUUGAUAAUGAAAGUAGGCCAUAGCCGUCGCCCCUGCAGCUUGUUUACGUCCAAGUACCGGUGACUGUGACGAUGGAGAGCCCGGAUUGGUGUGUUAGCUGAUUCCGCUAACCUAACUCCUCUAGCGGGUACAAACAUCUUGACGCCCUGGAAGGUGCGUCUGAACAGCUGCCAGCCGAACGCUGUCCUCGGGAUUCAUCUCUCAUGGCUAUUGACUUGUCAAAGAAUUACAAACACCUGACGUCCAGCCCCACCGAAUCCAUGGAAUUUGCUAAGAAGCCAGAGUGGUACCACCGACGUCCCAUAAGUUGCAGCAACAGCGUCACCCCCUCCUUCAGAGCCAGAGCCCCGUUGUCAUCCUUCAACCCUGGAGAACAUGUCCACUGCAAAGACAUACCUCAGGGUCAAGAACCAUUAAGUAGUUACAUGACUUCACCAAUAGUUCCAGGUCUGGACCUGUACUGCGACAGAGUUCAUCGAAACCUGUGGCGUGAAAGUUUUUACAACCCUGUCCAGGUUGAUGACCCAGAUCCCGAAAGCAGCGGCGGGGAAGAGAGUGACAGCGGCACCGAUGUUAUUUUCCUUGUUUCUUCGGCAAAGGACUCCCUCUCAUCCAGUCCUCGCAGCCCGUUCAUCCAGGGUAGCAUUGUUGAACCUCUGUCACCUGCAGCGUCAUCACUAGAAGAGGAGGGCGGCUGCUGUCACCUAUCCCAGCCCUUGAGUUCACCGAGUCCCGACAGUUCUUACUCCGAAGACUCGUCAGACAGCUCGGUCAACAUCCCCGUUCAUCACAACAGGCCCGUCGUCCUCCUUUCGGACAUUUACAGCCACGCGGCUGAAUCUCCCGUAAACGUUUCAAGUGACGACAGCGACGUUUUCGAGGUGUCCGUAACCGGUGACGGGAAGGAAUGCCACACCAUGUCCACCAGGAAACAACUGCCUCAGGACGAGAGGCCGAGGUUUCACCCGAGGGAAGUUCGGCGAAGUGCCCGAAUCACGAAACCUGCGGUGCACGCAACGCAGUUGACCUGUGAAGCGCCUCGUUACAGCCUAAGGAAACAAGUCCGAAACAUCGCCGUCGGCAUCUACAAUGAGAGCUGCGAUUCUGACGACAUGUUGCAGUACGUAGCGAGGUUGUCCACUCAAGAGGCGGCGAAGAUGUCCUUACAACCAAAUGACUCUCAGGGAGAUAGUAGUCGGCCGGAAGAAUCAAACGUUGAAAUUACGAAUGAGAGGAAUUCCACGUUGAGGACGCAGCAGCACCAGCCGCCGCCGCUGUGCUGUGACGUAUCGGACUCGGAUUGUAAAAGCAAGCAACAAAAGCCAAGCACGCUUCACAAAUCAGAUAAGCUAGGACAAAUCAAACGCAAACAAAAACACGCAGUCGCGUCACAAAACAACGGGGAGACAAAGAAGAAAACAGUCGCAAGGCGGAAGAAAAGAAGUCGGACUCGACAGUGUGACCCAUUCUCUCGCGCCGAACCCGAAAUCACGCUGAAAUUUGCGAAGAUAAAGGCUAAGAAGAAAAUUUGGAAAUGUGACCAUUUCUGCCCCUUUGUACACAUGGAGCACAGGAAGUGCACUGUCGUCAACUUUCAGGAGGAGGUAAAUGUGACGAGAAACCACGGAGGAGGAGGAGGAGGAGGAGGAGGAGAGAGACGACGACUUAACACGAGCUCUCUGCCAGGAUUCGGUCCAGGACCCACUCUUCUGUAG